CUACGUCCCUCCUUAUCCGUCCCUCCCCCCUCCUGCCGCGGCCCCCCUUUUCCCAAAGUGAGUGAGUGAGACAGGCAGAUGGAGGAGGGACUGUAAUGGCGGCGGCCGGCAGCUCCCUGCUCUGAUCCGCGGCAAGCACGGGCAACGACCCCCUCCCCGGCCCUCUUCCGGCCGGUCCCCCGCCCUGCCGUCAGCGCGGGGCCACGGUCCCGGCCCUCCCCGCAGCUGUCGGCGUCUCGCUCUGCGCCCCGGCCGGGGCCCCACACACAAUGGACGAGCUGGCCGGAGGCGGCGGCGGCCAGGGGAUGGCAGCCCCUCCCCGGCCGCAGCAGGGACCCGGGGGGAACCUGAGCCUUCCGCCGGGAGCGAACGGAGCGCCGGGCGGUGGGGGUCCUCCGGCCGCCGAGACGGCGGGGCCCCCGGCAGGCCCCGAGCUGUCCCGGCCGCAACAGUACACUAUCCCGGGGAUACUGCACUACAUCCAGCACGAGUGGGCUCGGUUCGAGAUGGAGCGGGCGCACUGGGAGGUGGAGCGGGCCGAACUGCAGGCACGGAUUGCAUUUUUACAAGGAGAAAGGAAAGGUCAAGAGAAUUUGAAGAAGGAUUUAGUGAGAAGAAUAAAGAUGUUAGAGUAUGCAUUAAAACAAGAAAGGGCAAAGUAUCACAAAUUAAAAUAUGGCACAGAACUGAACCAAGGUGAUUUGAAAAUGCCCACCUUUGAAUCAGAGGAAACCAAAGAUGUGGAGGCUCCUCCAGCACCCCAGAAUAGCCAGCUAACAUGGAAGCAAGGCAGACAGCUAUUAAGACAGUAUCUUCAGGAAGUAGGAUACACAGAUACAAUAUUAGAUGUACGAUCUCAACGGGUAAGGUCAUUACUUGGACUGUCUAAUUCAGAGCCAAAUGGAUCCGUAGAAUCAAAGAAUUUAGAACAGAUCUUGAAUGGUGGUGAAUCUCCUAAGCAAAAAGGACAAGAAAUCAAAAGGCCCUCUGGUGAUGUUCUUGAGACAUUCAAUUUCUUAGAAAAUGCUGAUGACAGUGAUGAUGAAGAAAAUGACAUGAUGGAGGGCAUCCCAGAAGGACAAGACAAACUUCGGGUUCAUAAGCACAAAAUAGGUAAUGAAGGUUUAGCUGCUGACUUAACUGAUGAUCCUGAUACUGAGGAAGCCCUGAAAGAAUUCGACUUUUUAGUGACUGCAGAAGACGGUGAAGGGGCUGGUGAAGCACGGAGUUCAGGGGAUGGUACAGAAUGGGAUAAAGAUGACCUCUCCCCCACUGCUGAGGUUUGGGAUGUAGACCAGGGGCUAAUAAGUAAGCUGAAGGAACAGUACAAGAAGGAGCGAAAGGGGAAGAAAGGGGUGAAGAGGGUCAACAGGACAAACCUCUGCGACAUGAUAACUGAUCUGGGAGAUGAUGAGCUGCCCCACAUCCCUUCAGGAAUCAUUAAUCAGUCUAGGUCAGCCUCUACUAGAAUGGCUGAUCAUGAAGGUGCAAGAGCAGAGGAAGCUGAACCAAUAACGUUUCCAUCUGGAGGAGGCAAGUCAUUUAUUAUGGGUUCUGAUGAUGUUUUGUUAAGUGUACUGGGCCUUGGAGACCUUGCAGACUUGACGGUAACAAAUGAUGCAGACUAUAGUUAUGAUUUGCCUGCCAAUAAAGAUGCCUUUCGAAAGACUUGGAACCCCAAAUAUACACUACGUAGUCAUUUUGAUGGAGUGAGAGCAUUAGCUUUUCAUCCUGUAGAACCUGUGCUUGUUACUGCCUCUGAGGACCACACCCUGAAACUUUGGAACUUGCAAAAGACAGUUCCUGCCAAAAAGAGUGCCUCUUUAGAUGUAGAACCUAUCUACACAUUUAGGGCCCACAUUGGCCCUGUCCUAUCAUUAGCUAUUAGUUCUAAUGGAGAGCAGUGUUUUAGUGGUGGUAUUGAUGCAACCAUUCAGUGGUGGAAUAUGCCUAGUCCUAAUGUGGAUCCCUAUGACACAUAUGAGUCAAAUGUUCUAGCUGGCACUUUAGUUGCUCAUACAGAUGCAGUCUGGGGUCUUGCCUAUAGUGGCAUAAAAAAUCAGUUACUCUCUUGUUCAGCAGAUGGCACUAUUAGGUUAUGGAAUCCACAAGAAAAAUUGCCAUGUAUUUGCACUUACAAUGGAGACAAGGAACAUGGAAUACCUACAUCGGUUGACUUUAUAGGCUGUGACCCAGCUCAUAUGGUUACCUCUUUCAACACUGGUAGUGCGGUCAUUUAUGAUUUAGAAACAUCACAGUCAUUAGUGAUGCUUUCCUCACAGGUAGAUUCUGGUUUACAAUCUAGUAAUCACAUUAACAGAGUAGUAAGUCACCCUACACUUCCUGUUACAAUAACUGCUCAUGAAGACAGACACAUCAAGUUUUUUGACAAUAAAACGGGUAAAAUGAUCCAUUCUAUGGUAGCUCAUUUGGAUGCUGUUACAAGUUUAGCAGUAGAUCCCAAUGGAAUCUAUUUGAUGUCUGGAAGCCAUGACUGUUCCAUUAGAUUAUGGAAUCUGGACAGUAAGACAUGUGUACAAGAAAUAACAGCUCAUAGGAAGAAAUCGGAUGAGUCAAUUUAUGAUGUUGCUUUCCAUCCAUCAAAGGCAUAUAUCGCCAGUGCAGGAGCCGAUGCUCUUGCUAAAGUAUUUGUGUGAAUCAACGUAGACUCCGCUUCGUGGAAAACAAAGAUUUGCUUGAUCAGAAAAGGGGUCUGCAUCACUGCCAUCAUGGAGGUUACUGAUACGACACUACAUGUGAUCUGCCUGGUGAAAGCUAUUGGGGGCAGGCAGAAAUUGGGAAUCACAUCUUAAUGUCAGGUUUAUUAGUUUAACUAUAAUUAACUGUAUUUUGUGGGACAGAAAGAAAAAGGACUCCAGUAUCUGUGCCCUGUACUGGAUAUGAACUGAGCAGUUUUUGUUUUUUGUUUUGUUUUGUUUUGUUUUUAAGGUGUUUAAGCCAAUAUGGAGUCUGAUCUUAGGGGGAAAGGACUUUUGUUGGCCUCUGUGUGCUGCCUUAGGGUUAGGAUGCGGUGCUCUUGCGGGGAAGCAAGCUCCAAGAGCAGCUGUUUCAUCUCUCAGUGAUCUUCAGUUUAUCAGUUGAAUGCCACAGAUUCCCUUUCAAACUUAUUUUGCUUUAAAAAAGAAAAAAGAAAAAGAAAAAAGAAAGAAGAAAAUUUAACUUAAAAUAUUUUAGCAUUAGUUGCACAAAAUGUUUGGAUAAAAUUCUAGUUUUUAUAAGUCUUUUUAUAUAUUUAGCCUGUCACAACAGUGCUCAAGAUCAUAUUGAUGUUUUUCUGCAUUAUACAACCCUAAAACACAGAGAUCUCACUAACCUGCCACCUAUAACCACUUUCUUUCCUCCUUUUGCCUAAUACAGCUCAGCUAAGUCCUUCAUAAAGAUGAUAAUAAAUCAAUCACCUUUGUCUACAUGUCUUCAUGAACCAAGGACUAUUAAGUGUAUUAAAACAAAUCUGUGGAGUUUAGUACUCCAAAUGAACUCUUUAAAAACUAAUCUUAACAUCCUAUCACUAUGUGAUAUUUUGUACAUCUUACUGUAUUUACAAGUUUAUUUAUCAAGAAUUAUCCAUCUUGCUAAUGGCCUAUUAUUUAUUUUACUUUUUGUUGGUCUUUAUAUCCUUUUAUUAAUGUGCUAAAGGAACCUGUAUAUCUAUUUUGGAACUCUUAGAACAGUCUAAAAUAGACUAAAAAUGGAAUAUUUUAUAAUUAAUUUACAAACCAAGGUGUUUGUCCCCAAGAUACUAUCUUGAUUUACCAUGAUUCCAAAACAAAAUGAGCUAGUUAAAAAAUUGGAGAAUAUUUUAUUACUAUUACAAAUAAGGUGUUUAAAAAAGUUGAAUCAGGAUACAGAAGUCUGCUGGAUUUGGACUAGUCUCCCCUGUUUUAUUUUUUUAGAUGUGCUUACUUUUAUGGUGUAACUGAAGAUUUUCUUUGUGUAACGCAUGAUUAAGACAAUAAAGUAUUUUUUCUAGUCUUCCAAAAGCCUUUUCUGAUCAGUUUGCGAGUUUUGAUGAGUUUUGUAAGGUUUUUGUUUUACAGACUAUGAAUCAGCAAAUUUUUAAGAUUGUACCCCAGAGCAAACAUACAGCUGUUGAAAAAUAAUGUAUAUAAAAUGCAUAUAAUAAAUAUUAAAUUGUGUACCUGUA